AUGAACAUUCUCGAAGACAAGACUCUCGCUCAUUCGCUGAAACGAGUCAAACAUGAGACCUCUCAAGAGUCUGAGGCUCUCGGUGAGGAUGAGAUUGUCUCCUCGACCGUCCCCUCCAAGUACAGGGGUACCGCCACCGACAGGGAGGACAUGCGCACUCUUGGGAAAAAACAGGUGCUGCGGCGAAAUUUCAAAUUUGUGACCAUGCUGGGCUUCGCAAGCACCGUUAUCUGCACCUGGGAGUUUCUGUUAGCGUACGACCACGGUCCCUCCUUUAUUGUUCACCAUCUUUCCCACCACUCACCAAGUCCCAGGCUCAUUUCCAUUGUGCUCCUGAAUGGAGGACCGGGAACUCUUUUCUGGGGUUUCAUCGUCUGCACCAUCGGGAUGUCCCUGGUUUAUGCAAGCAUGGCUGAGAUGGCUUCGAUGGCUCCUACCGCCGGAGGUCAGUAUCACUGGGUGUCAGAGUUUGCCCCACCCUCGAUACAAAAGCCAUUGAGCUAUCUAGUUGGUUGGCUGUGCGCCACAGGUUGGCAAGUCUUCCUCGCAGGCGUUGCCUUUAUAGUUGGGACCAUCAUCCAGGGCUUGAUAGUUCUGAACGACGAGAAAUACGAAUUCAAGGCCUGGCAUGGGACGCUUUUAGCUAUCGCCGUUAUCAGUUUUUCUAUUAUCUUUAAUACUUCCUUGGCCACCAGACUGCCUUUGAUUGAGGGCAUCGUUCUUAUUAUCCACAUGACCGGCCUCUUCGUCGUUAUUAUACCAAUGUGGGUCCUAGGUCCUCGAGCAAAUGCGCGGGAUAUUCUCUUUACCUUCAGCAACAACGCUGGCUGGCCUUCUACUGGUUUGUCUACUAUGAUCGGUCUGACUUCGCCGUUUGGCUGUCUGCUUGGAUAUGAUUGCUCUGUGCAUAUGGCUGAAGAGAUUAAGGAUGCAUCAUCCACGUUACCGAAAGCAAUCAUGUGGUCUCUAGGCCUGAAUGCCGCUAUGGGUUUCAUCAUGGCCACUACAUUUGUUUUUACUAUGGGUGACGUUACAAGUCUUCUAGAAUCACCUACUGGAUAUCCUUUUAUUCAGGCUUUUUAUAAUAGCACUCGAAGCCUUGCGCUCACUAAUCUUAUGACGGCUAUCAUCAUCAUUUGCUGCAUCUCCUGCUGCAUUAGCGAAGUGGCCACGGCUUCUAGACAGAUUUGGUCAUUUGCGCGUGAUGGAGGUCUACCAUUUUCUGGAUUUCUUUCCCAGGUUACCCCCGGAUGGAAUAUUCCUCUCCGCGCUGUACUUGUGUCGCUUUGCGUUAGUGCCUUACUCGCAUGCAUUAACAUUGGCUCCACCACUGCGCUCUACGCUAUCAACUCUCUUGGUGGCGUCUCUGUAAUAUCUUCAUACUUCAUUACCAUUGCAUGCGUCCUGCAUAAACGACUUCGUGGAGAGCCACUUCCAAGACGGCGAUGGACAUUGGGCAAAUAUGGCGUCGCGGUCAACAUAGGAGCGCUUCUUUUCCUUAUUCCUUUGUGGUUCUUCUUAUUUUGGCCUGUCUACACGCCUGUGACGCUCCAGACCAUGAAUUGGGCUGCGGUCAUGUACACAGCCAUCGUGGUCGUUGCGGUGGCAUAUUACCUCAUCAAAGGGAGGCAUACGUAUACUUCUCCAGUCACGUUGACCAAGAGAGAUAUUUAG